AUGCACUUCACCAAGAAGCACAAGAAAGGUCCAGAGAAGAGUCAGACCAACAACACAACUGCAGUGAAUGCAUGCGCAGGGGCUAUUACGGCCCUUGUGAAGCCCGAGAUACCAAAGGACCCCAGAUGCAAACUCAGCCAUAUUACUUUCAUAGAUCACCCCAAGCUUGGGAAGCAGAUUCGAAGCUACAUGGCUAAGGGUCAUAGCCUCUGCCAACCAAAACCUAAGGUUCAAACCAAGGCAGAGGCUGCAGAUCCAGCUCAGGCUCCCAAAAGCACCCAGGCCCCUGUGAAGGCCCCAUAG